AUGACACUAUUUCCAACAGACAUUCUUGAAGAGAUCUUUGAAAAUCUUGAAUCUUCAAUUUCUACAUUACAUUCUUGUCUUUUGCUUUCACGAGUAUGUUGUAAGGCGAUAAUCCCAAUCCUAUAUCGUCAACCAUUUCGUUAUACUCGACAUAAUCCUUCACCGAAAUUAAUUAAAACUUAUUUGUACAACGUAACGUCAAAAGAUUUAUCGCUUAUCCUUAAGGAUGACUUAGAUUUAUUAAAACGGUUCAACAUCGAAUUAUCGGAUUCAUCAAAUAAAGAUUCUAUAUUCAAUUAUCAUUCAUAUUUAAAAAGAUUAAAUUAUCGAGAUUUGUAUGAUUUUGGUUUGAUUUGGUACAGACAUAUUCAAAAACAAUAUGAUAUUAAUUUUAAUGAUAAUGAGAGGUAUAAAUUUCUUAAUCCAACGGAAAAUGACCCUUACAGUCAAGAACCCAUGAAAACAUUAUCAAGAAUUUUAUUAAACUUUUUCAUGAUUAAAGGUGCUAAAUUUGAUUACCUUUUAAUGGAUUCCGGAAAGGAAUUGAUCGAUAAUUCAAAUGAAUUCAUUGAUGCAAUUAAAAGUCUUCGAGAAGAAGAAGGGGGAGUUGAUGGUGAUCAAGAUGUUAACGAUGUCAACCCUAUAUUGAAAAAUUGUUUGGAGAAUUUAAAAAUUUUUGGAUUUUAUGGUAAAGGAAAAUUUCAGGGGCAGACUCUUGAUAUCAUUUCAUCUAACUGUCAAGGUCUUCAAUCUUUAAUAAUAAAUUUGACUGUGAAUGAUGAAUGGAAUACGGCAAGGGCUAAAAAAGAGAUAACAAGCUUAAAUAAUUUAAUUAAUAAUCAAAAGGUUCUAAAAGACUUUAUUUAUGUUGAAUAUCAAGGAAAAUUUUGGUGGAGUCCCUCUUCAAGGUUAAGGGAUAUUGAGAUCGAUUUUUCUCAUCAUGUGCAUAAUUUGUUGGUCGUGGAAUUUUAUGAUGUGUACUUUCAAUUAUGGAAACCGUUAAACAUACUAGCCUCAUUAACAAAUUUACGGGAAUUGGCAUUUGUAAGUUGUAAAUAUCAAGAGAGUGUCAUGGCACCAUUAAAAUAUUCCUCUUACAAAAAACUUCAAAAAUUAUCAAUGAUUGGUUGGGAUGAGAUCACCUUAAUUGAUCCAAAAGUUGUAGAAGUUCUGAUCGAAAAUGCUAAAGAUACGUUAAGAUCUUUAUCAAUUGUAUUAACUCAUAAAGUUUCUACAAUUGUAUUGGAGUCGAUUAAUAAAUUUCAACCGAAUUUAGUAGAAUUGGCAAUAAAAUUUGAUCAAACGCAUCUUUCCACUUUAUUACAUCUUCCAUUUUAUAGUUUUCGAAAUUUAGAAAAAUUAACUCUAAAUAAUUGGGGUCAUGUUGCUAUAGACGUUGAUUUAAUAUUACCUUUAUUAGGAAAAUCUUUACCACAAAAUUUAAAGAAUUUACAAAUUUUAGCACGUUGGACAUUUUCAACAGAAGGUCUUAAUAGAUUUCUUAAUAAUUGUGAAGCAAAAUUAAAAUAUAUUGACAUACGACAUUGUACAGGUAUCACUGAAGAACAUAUUGAUCUUAUUUGGAUGAAAUUUAGUGAUAGUUUAGAAAGAUUGAUUAUUAGGGAGAUUGAAGGAAAUGAUGAUGUGCCUUACGGCCAAAUCCUUGAAGCGAAUUUCCCCGCGAGCGAAGGUCUUCAUUCUAUAAAUAAUGGUAGCAUUGAAGCAAAUCUUUCUGAGUUUGAAGAAUUUAAUGUUAGAAGACCUGUUUACAUUAAAAGAAUUGAGAUAAAUCCUUCUGAAGACGAAGCUUAUUCUUAUGUAAGAACCGACAAACUUAGAUACAGAUGGGAAUAA